AUGGCGAAACGGCAUAAACGGCCCCGAUCAGGACUCUCUGGAGGAGAUACCUUUGCACUCUAUCAGAAUGUCCUUCAUGUGCAAGAAAUACUCAAGAGGAUGAUACCGAUUCCCGAGGAUGAAGCUGCGAAUCCAGACGACGACGACAGUCAGGAUCUUACUCCUGUGGACGAUAUGGUGGAGACAAUUCGGAAGCUGCUAGAACCAAAGCUUAACUCACGCCCAGUGCUCUCUCUCUCUAGUCUUCGGCAAGAGGAAAUUGAAAAGCUCCACCUCACCGAAGGGCCGCAUCUGAUACUCGUGGCUAAUCCGGGGCGGUUGGACGAGGAGCGUGUCAUUGGCGAAAACCAGCUGUGGUCCCACGAAACGUUCUAUAGGCAUUUGUGUCUCUUACAGUCCUCUGUCACCCAGACUGAAGCCAGUGCUCGGACGUUCAUCGAUGCCUUUUUCUACCGUGCUGCAGCCAUCCUUUCCUCGCGAUCUUCCGAAGGCAAGCGAGUAGUUCUUGGCCUCGAGGUACCUGUCAACGCUACCGUUGGAAAAGAAGAAGCCACCUUAAAAGGUUUCGUUGACUAUGCCAUUCUGUUUGCUGGGGACACUCGUGCUACUUCUUUCAUUCGCGAGCCGCUCCUGUCAAAAAUCCGGCUGCACUCUGACUUUGUUCUCUUCAUCACGGAAGCAAAAGCCGUCGAUGUAUCACUCUACCACCAACUUCCUCAGGCGCUGGGAGAAAUGUACGCCUGUUCUGCAGCCGUCAACAAGAAAAUAAUACGCGGAGCCCUAACCAAUGGGCGUGCAUGGUUGUUCUUGAUUCUGAAAGUCCUUCCUGAUGGUCGGGGUGGAGAGUACAGUGUUUCUAAGGAAAUCUCGAUCAUGACACCCGGUGUCGAUUUCACUCUCGAGGUCAAUUCAAAUUCAUGCGCACAGAUUUCUGUUAUCAUUGCUAGCUGGAUCGAAAACAGCUUUAAGGACCUGGACAGCAGUGAUUGGUACAGGGCCAAUGUUUAG